AGGUGAUCCCAGGAAGUGGGAAAUGAGACAGGGAAGAGAGAAAAUCCAGCAAAGUGCAUAUUAAUACAGGGUGUCCAUAAAUUUGUGUGCAAUUUACCAUGUUAAGCUAUUUUAAAUUGCAUGUGAACUUUAUGUCCACCCUGUACAAGGGUCACCACUGAGGGCAGUGGAGCUCAGUCCUGCUGAGGACCUUCUGAGAGACCAUGUGGGACAGACCUCAGAACUGUUCCACCGAGGGCUAGGGAAACUUGGGUGUCUACCCACCAAUUCUCAUCCCUGAUUGGUUGGAAGUUGCCCACAGGGCACCAACAGCCUGUGCCUCGUGUUGGGUGGCUGGAGAGAGCACUUCUGGCAGAGAGACAGGUGCCAUCAGUGUACAGAGCAGGAAGCCAUCAGUGUGUACAGGAACUGUCCAAUAAAGAUGAGGUUGGGGAUGGGAUGAGGGGAUAUGGGCAGGGUACUAACUUAAAGCUUAUCUAGAUUUUAUUUUAGGUGAAAUGGACUCUUGGGAAACCACUGAUGGAUUCACCCACAAGCCCAGGACUUUGGAAAAGCCAAAUGACCACAAAUCUAAAUUUGAAAGACAACAGUCCACAGCCACAGGGUGUGCUCUUUGCCUCCGAAACAUGCGAAGGCUUCUCCACACGUGCCGCGAAGGCUGGGAAGCCUACCGCAGGCAGACCGUCUUCCUGGCUGGCUUGGGCUUGGCCUUCCUCUACAUGACAGUUCUGGGGUUUGACUGCAUCACCACGGGCUUUGCCUACACCCAGGGGAUCGGAGGCUCCCUGCUUAGCAUCCUCAUGGCCCUUUCAGCUCUAUCUGGCCUCAUGGGUACAUUUCUCUUCACCCGGCUCCAGGGGCAAUAUGGUUUGGUCACCACCGGGGUCAUAUCCAGCUGGCUCCACUUAGGUUGUUUAAUGCUCUGCGUGUUUUCUGUCUUUGCUCCCGGAAGUCCUUUUGAUCUGGCUUUUUUCUCACUUCCAUUAAGCAAAAACUCUUCUUCAAACCAUGCGUUGCUAAAGGAAGACCUGGUAAAUAUUUAUCCCUUUGAAAGAAACCUGAACCAACCCAUCCUCCCAGACCGGUCCUCCAUCCACUGGACCAACAGCACAGUUCUAUUUGAAGGCCAGCGGAGCCCUGAGCACCCGGAGUCUUACACCUCUAUCAUUUUGCUCUUCUCAGGAGUAAUCCUGGCACGAAUCGGCCUCUGGUCCUUUGAUCUCACCGUAACCCAGCUUCUCCAGGAGAACAUUCCAGAAGUGGAGCGAGGGGCUGUGAACGGCGUGCAGUGCUCCCUGAACUACCUCAUGGACCUCAUCCACUUCGUCCUCGUCAUGCUGGCCCCGCGGCCGCAGCAGUUUGGCCUGCUGGUCUUCAUCUCCAUACUGUUUGUGACCACAGGGCACGGGCUGUAUUUUUUUUAUGCAAGAAAGUGUAAGAUUAAAAAUGCCCAUGCAAAGGAGACAAUGAAGGGUACCUGGACGCCCUUAACCUGAGAGGUAGGCAGCUCCUGCAGCUUCUCAGAGCUCUAGUAACCCGGGUAGAUCUCAUCUUGUUUCCAGGCAUCUAUCCCACUCUCCUCGCUACCCUGGAGAGCAGAUAUGUCAUUGCCUUUGGCCAACAGCAUCUACCACACUAAAUGUCUUUGUGGCAGUGGUGCUAUCCAGGGUUUAAAAGGGAACUGACUCGUGGCACACCCAUUAACUGAAGUCAAAGAGAUUCUACCCCAGACAACAUGGAGGGGAUUGUUUUAAUUUUGCUAAUGUAAUAAUGCAAUGAUUCUGGGGUCUUACUGUUUAUGGGUUCUAAAAUUAGUCAAAAUGUCCAAGCACAGUGGCUCAUGCCUGUAAUCCUAGCACUCUGGGAGGCUUGAGCUUGCAAGUUUGAGACCAGCCUAAACCAAAGCGAGACCCUCAUCUCAACUAAAAUAGAAAAAACUGAAGCAAGAGGAUUGCUUGAGCCCAAGAAUUGGAGGUUGCUGUGAUCUAUGAUGCCACGCACUCUACCCUGGGCAGCAGGUUGAGACUCUGUCUCAAAAAUAAAUAAAUAAAAAUAAAAUAAAAACAAAAAUAAAUAAAAUCAAUCAAAAUAUUCUGAUCAAUGUUAAAAUUAGAGAGUGGAGUGGAUCAGUGAUGUUUGGUCUCAAGUCUUUGGGUGUGGGGUUUUCUGCUGGUUUCUGAAUGUUCUUUUGAUGAGCUCAGUGUCUCUAAUGAGGACUGAAGCUACUGUUGGAGAAACACAUCAUGAUAACAACUUGUGUGUGGUAUAUGGACCCUGGAG